UGGUGUGACUGUGAGAUCUCUAGCUCGGGUUAUUUUCCUCCGUCUACCGGUGGUAGUUGUGAGGUUUGAUAGUUCCUCGGUCAAUAUCCAUAAAGUUGAGCAGUGACUGGUGUUAAUCUGAUGGAGUAGUUUUUUGGACAAGCCUUUUUACAGGAACUUGAUCGCAUGGUUUAUCGAAAACAUCAUUUUUAUUUGGCAAUGCUAGUUCUCGGCAAGCUGUUUUCUUCCGGUUUCUAGUUCCCACGUGUUGUAAAUUGAAUUAUAUGAAGCCAGUAAGCAAACAGUCAAUCCAUGGGUAUUUGAACUCGAGUAUCCAGGAAAAAGCCAAAUUUUUUAUGGAAGAACAAGAAAUCCUUUUGAAUAGCUUGUGAUAAUAGGAAGACCCUAUAUCUUGAAAUUCAUUCAUCAGGUUGAUGAUAAAAUACACGGAUGUUCUAGUGGACAUUAUGCACUUGUUAUACAUCAACCUUUUAGAGGCCGUUCUAAGCAUGUGUCCCAACGAAUACCAACAAGUGGAGUUAAUGCUAUAUCUCAUCCUUUCCUUAGUAGAGUUUCUCCCUAAACAAAAUACCGAUUCAAGCCCCUUUACUAGGUUAGGCAAUCUUGGAUGCCCUUACUCCCAAAAAGUUGCUGGUUGGGAUCGUGAAACUCUCACUCGAAAAGUAAGCUGGUCUUUGUUUAGUCAUAAGGAUAAAUCGUUCUUAUUAGUUUUGUAUUGUAUGUUAGUGUUCUCGGUGUUUCUUCUUCUUCUUUUCUCUCGUUGUUUAGUUUUUCGGUCUUUCCUACUACUAGUUUUUCUUGUAUCUUCAAUCAAAAACAAAAUUUGGUAUAUUAUUUGAAUAUUUACACAGAAAUUAUAAGAGAUAAAAAAAACUAAUAGAAUAAAAGAAAGAAAUAAAAGAGAGAACGCAAAAGACAUAAGUUUGAGGUUUCGUUAUCUUGUCUUAUUAUUCAAGUCUUUGUCUUCUUUUUCGAUGUACUCAAUAAGUUCUAUCUGCAAUAUAAAGAAUUAUAUGUAGUAUAUUAUUUUUAUUUUUAGAUUUUGAAAAACUAAAAGUAUACAUGAAUUUAAAAAUUUUUUAAAUAAUUUAACCUGAUUAUCCGAGCCCGAACCAGAAGCAAAAUCUAUAUAUAUCCGUAUGAGACUAAAUUUUUUAAUCCCAAAAACUCAAAAUCCAAAUAUAUCCGACCGAAUUUAAAUGGGUACUCAGACACCCAUCCCUAAAUAAAUUAUUUUAGGACUAUUCGAGAGAAUUGCCUAUUUGAUAUUCUAGAAUUAAGAAAACUAACAUUAAACCAUAAUGAAAGAAAACUUUUUUUUUUGUCAAAUUUUUUUAACCUUCUUUUCGUAGCAGCCCUCUGGCCAAGUCUAUCAAAUUAUCAAUUAGCAAGCUAAAAUCUGUUCUUUUUUUAAAUUAUACUAGCUAACUUCAAUCAGCUUCGAGGAGAGAACAUGGCAAACCCUCAUUUAUCAGAUUCUUGGGAAGUGGCGCUUAACCGUUUUCUUGCUACAUCUUCAAAAUUUGAGGAACUGCCAGGUGAAAAUAGCUUUAGCACAAUGCUACGGAAAUUGAAGUGUUCUUUGCUGGCUGGAACUAAGGUGCUUGCUGAUGCGGAACAGAAAGCUUAUGAUGUUAAAGGAGUAAAGAUGUGGCUCACUGAAUUCCAAGAUGCUUCCUUCUUUGCAGAGAAUAUUCUCGAAGACGUAUCAACAAAAGUUUUACGAGACGAAAAAUAUUAUUUAUGGACACCAAAACUGGAACUAAACCUUGAUGCUGAGCUCCAGGAAAAGAUGGAAGGCGUAGUUGCACUACUGGAACACCUUGUGGGUCAAAUUAAAGUGCUUGGACUGUCGGUAUAUGCACAGUGGAAGCCAAGGUCACACACGAGUCCUCUUUUUCAUCACGUAGAAGCAGUUGGGCGAGAGGCAGAUAAGCUAGCAUUUACCAACUUGCUACUUUCUGGUGAUAAAGUAUCCUGUGGAACUCCGAAUGUUAUCUCAGUUAACGGAAUGCCAGGGAUUGGCAAGACUACGCUGGUACAAGCCGUUUACAAUGACGAGAGUGUGACCAGGCAUUUUGAUCAUAAAGUGUGGAUCAAUGUUGGGAAACAGUUUGAUGUCUUCAGGGUGACCAAAGACGUUCUCCACAAAGUAAGUUCUGGAGCAGUUAACACUGAGGAUCAUCUAUCUUCACUUCAAGUUCAGCUGAUGGAAACACUUGCAGGGAAGAGGUUUCUACUUGUUUUAGAUGAUUUUUGGUCUGAGAAUAGUUCAAAAUGGCAACUUUUCCUUACUUCUUUUACUGGCGUAUCAGAAGGAAGCAGGAUUGUUUUAACUACCCAAAAUGAUAUUGUCAGUUUUGUCAGGAAGGCAGCAGAAACCUACCGGCUGAGGCUGAUGACUGAUAUAGAAUGCUGGGAGCUGAUCUGCAGUUCUGUAUUUGGGUGUAAGUUAGUAAAUUAUAUAGACCAAGAACUAGAAAGGACUGGCAAAAGGAUCGCAGAACAAUGUAAGGGCCUGCCAUUAGCAGCCACAACUAUCGCACGUCAUCUCCGGUCCAGGCCAGUUCUUAAAGAAUGGAAUGAUGUGUCAGACAAUUUCUUGUACUACACUUCCGGUGUCCUUGAAGUUCUUAUGCGGAGCUAUGAUUCUCUCCCUUGUCACCUUAAGCGAUGUUUUGCCUUCUGCUCCAUCUUCCCAAAGGGUUACGUAUUUAAUAGGAAUAACUUGGUGCUGCUAUGGAUGGCAGUUGACCUCGUAUACCAACCCGAGAGCAACCAAAGAUCGGAAGACACUGGUAACGAGUACCUCGAAGAUUUAGUUGCUAGAUCUUUUCUCCAGCCAUUGGACGACAAGAAAACGUUUACAAUGCACGAUUUCAUGAAUGAUUUAGCCAAAACUGCUGCAGGAGAGCUUUGCUUCAGACUGGAGGACAACAAUUUGUUGCAGAUACCAGAGAGGGUCAGACAUCUAUCAUUUUGUGGAAAUCAAUGGGGUUCUUCUGUAGCCUACACUCUCACCCGUGGUAACUAUCUAAGAACCUUUCUUCCUCUAGUUGUCCCGCCACCACCUUCUGGGUCUUCUGAACUUGCAAAGAACGCUCUAUAUCCAUUGCCAAACUUCUCAGAACAGGCAUUGAUGUAUCUGCGUAUUCUUGACUUGUCUCACUACCGUAUAACAGUCCUUCCUAAAUCAUUCGAGGGACUACAGCAGCUGCGAUAUCUAGAUCUUUCCAACACCCAAGUGCAAGAACUUCCAGAGUUUUUGUUCAUCCUCCGUAAUCUACAGACGCUUUUCUUGUCAAAUUGCCGUCAACUCAGAAGACUGACAGCAUACAUAACAAAACUCAUCAGCUUGCGUUAUCUGGACCUCUUAGGGACUCCAUUAGUAAAGAUGCCACAAGGAAUUAGUAACCUUCGAAGCUUGCAGAAUCUGUCAAAUUUUGUUAUUGGAAAUCUGAGUGGUGCGGGACUCCAAGAACUGAGAAAACUCUCUCAUCUUCGAGGGACACUUCACAUCUCUGAGCUGCAAAAUGUGGUCUCCGUUGGAGAGGCAAGUAACCCUGGUUUAGGAGAGAAGCCACUCCUCAAGAAUUUGGUCCUCACAUGGACUAUGGAAACUUCUGGUUCCAAUAAGAUAAGUUGUGACCAACGUGAGUUGCUUAAAAUGCUGCAACCUCAUCAUAACUUGGAAACGGUUAGCAUAAACUCUUAUUGGGGUGCGACAUUUCCUAAUUGGUUGGGAGAUAUUUCAUUCAACAGAAUGACGUCUGUCUCUUUGACUAGCUGCAGUCUCUGCAUAUUGCUGCCGCCACUGGGACAGCUGCCUCACCUCAGGGAUCUCAGCAUUGAGAAAUUCAAGAUAUUGAAGAAGGUUGGUGUAGAGGUUUUCUACGGUAAGAACGACACAUUCUCUUCCCUAGAACCGUUUCAAAACCUUCGGACUCUAAGUUUCUACGAGAUGCCAAGAUGGGAAGAAUGGUGUUGUCCUGAACUAGAAGGUGGGAUCUUUCCACGCCUUAAUAAACUGACCAUAAGAAGUUGCCCCAACCUCAAGAAUAUUCCAAAGGAGCUCCCAAAAUUCACUCACGUUACUACUAUCUGGGAUUCCAGUUUACGAAGUGAGGAGUAUUAUACUACAGAACCAUCAUUGUCUGAAAAAGAUGGUUCUGGAAGUCUGAGAGUACUACAUAUUGAAGGAUGUCCCGGAUUACUAUAUCUGCAACAAAGCUCGUCCCAGAACUAUGAAGAUAUAGCUGUAGCCACAAAGCCAUAUCAGGAAGAUCACUCAUAUAGGUUGACUACACUCUCAAGUGAUGCUGGUAGCACUUCUGGAAAAAAGAUGCCUCAAGAAGACCAAGAUGACACGGGUUUAGAGAGUUAUAAAGUGACAACAGUUCCUGAGCUAGGAAAUCUUACUGAAAGUCUGAGAGUACUACAUAUUGAAGGAUGUCCCGGAUUAAUAAAUCUGCCCGAGAGCUUGUUGCAAGAUUGUCCCGGUCUCGAGGAACUUUUACUCAUUGACUGCCAUUCCCUGGAGGCCAUUCCUGGAGGAUACCCUUCCACCACUUUGAAAACCCUGUACAUAAGAGAUUGCAUGAAGCUGGAAUUUAUACAAAGUCUGCAGACAAUGCUCAUAAUCCCGCAGCUCGAGGAUCUCUACAUAGGCAGCAGUUGCCGCAAUCUCUCUUCAUUCCCGUUAGUUCUUUUCCCAAAUCUCAAAAGCCUUUCAAUAAGAGACUGUGAGCAAUUUAGCUCCUUCACCGUCACCUUGGCUGGUGGUGAUGCUGAUCUAGCUCUUGAGGCCUUGGAGAUUACGGAUUGCCAGAAGCUGGAGUUCUUCCCAGAAGGAGGACUAAGGACACUGAAACUCACAUCAAUUUUAAUCUCAAAUUGUAGGAAUCUUAAAGGGCUGCCUGCAAAAAUUGCCACCCUCACUUCUCUUGAAUCGAUUCAUAUAAACGAAUGUCCUAAACUUGAGGCCAAUCCAUUCUGGGGUUUCCCCAAAAGUCUUCAAACGCUUUGCAUCAGUCGCUGUCAAAAGCUCAGACCAAAAGAGAAUUGGUUAAUGAGUUACCUUGGUAACUUGCGUGAUCUUGAGAUCGAAGGAGGAAAUGAUGACACUGAAUCAUUUCCAGAGGAAGAGCUCCUGCCUCGGGGUCUUUACUCACUACGCAUAAGCGAAUUCAAAAGUCUCCGGACUCUCAAUUACAGAGGACUUGAAGGCUUACCAAAACUGGGGAUACUAGAAAUCAGCGGAUGUGGUAUGUUAGAAUCACUUCCAGAAGAAGGCCUUCCUUCGUCCCUAUCUCUACUGCGCAUAAAUGAUAGUCCUAUAUUGAAAGAAAAGAUUUCUAGACAAGACAUGGAAUGGUUCAAGAUCAGGCAUAUCCAGUUGGUGGAGAUUGAUGGUGAACAACUCAUGCGUGGAAGGAAGAAUACUGAAUCUCUCUCUCCUAAGAACAUGUAUAUUACAGAGAUGCCCUAACUGCGUAUUCAGAUCCAGAAAUCUUCAAUGUCAUUGAAGUCCCUUGUACCACUCUAUUUUCGUGAGCAUGAUGUUGAAAGACUGAAAGUACAUUAUAGAAAUGGUUUGAUACACUCGAUCUUGUAAUUUCAUAAAUAACAGUAAGUUCAUUGAAACUGCCUGUAAAAGUAAAAAAUUACAAUUUCUCAAUCUAUUAUUGCAGUUUAGUGCA